AUGAUGAUAGCAGCUUACCAGAGGGUCGGGCUGGUUCUAGUGGUAUCGGCAGGACUACAGCUGGUCGUCAAGGUCAGGGCAGACGCCGAACUGGUGCUCGAGUUCGUACGCGUGGUGGCACUCGCAGACUUGGUCCAAGUCGCCCACAAGAUGUUGCUUCUUGGAAACGAAGCAAAUUUGAAGUUCCUUUGCCAAUCAAGCACUUUGGAAGAGACAAGCGAGGAAGCCGGUCUGUCUAUUAACAUCAGUAAAACCAAGUUGAUGGUUGUCUCCAAAAAUCCUGAUCUUGACCCAAUUAUAAACAUAGAUGGCAAACCACUCGAACGAGUACGACAAUACAAGUAUCUCGGUGCUUGGGUAAAUGAAGUAUGGGAAUCAGAUCAAGAAAUUAAGACCCGGAUAGAAAUUGCCCGAGCAUCUUUUAACAAAAUGAGGAAAGUUCUGUGUUGUCGUCAAAUAAACAUUAAGCUCAGAGUUAGGUUACUCUUCUGCUACAUCUGGCCUCUAGUCAUGUACGGAUGUGAAGCAUGGACCGUGAAGGAGGACACUACGAGACGUAUAAAUGCAUUCGAGAUGUGGUGUUACCGUCGUAUGCUCCGAAUCAGCUGGACACAAAGGGUCAGCAACGAAUCCGUGCUACAUCGCGUCCAAAUGACCCGGAAAAUUAUGCAGACCAUCAAAAAGCGAAAAAUCGAAUAUCUCGGUCACGUGCUUAGACACGAUAGAUAUUCACUGCUUCAACUGAUCAUGAUGGGCAAAGUGGAGGGGAAGAGACGUGCUGGGCGCAGAAGAAAAUCGUGGCUGCGAAACAUCCGGGAGUGGAUCGGCAUUACAUCUGUUGAAUAA